AAAACCACCAGGAAGAGGAGCCGUCUUCCUCCUUCCUCGCCUACUCCAGAUCCAUCUCCCCUUCGAGCGGCCUCCCAUGGCGUCGCCGUCGGGAAACCCUAACCCUACCUCCAGCGCCCCCUUCGAGCUCGCCAGGCUUUUCAACCCUCCCGCAAACCCCACAACCGUCCCGAGUCCCACCGGCAUCUUCCCGGGGCCCCCGCCCGGCGCUCCGAUGACCUCUGGCCCGCCAGGACCCUACUCCUACCCGCCGGCGACGCCGCCCUUCCACCGCAACCCCUACCUCCCCUACCCGCCCGAUCCCACCAGCGCCGUCCACUUCCCAGCCGCCGCCUACACGAACCCUAACCCCACUCCAAACCCUCUCCCCGUCCCCAACCCCGGACCCAACCCGAGCGCCCGGCUCAUGCAGCUGCUGGGCAACGCCCACCUCGAGCCCACGUCGUCGCCUUCAGACUUCUCCUCCGGGGUGCCGGCGGGGAUGCCGUCCGCGCCGCCGGCGAGGAUGCCGUCCGCGCCGCCGACGAGGAUGGCCAGCAGCAAGAUGCCCCGGGGCAGGCUGCUGGGGCCCGGGGACAGCGCCGUGCAUGACGUCGACUCUCGGCUGCCCGGCGAGGCGCGGCCGCCGCAGCUGGAGGUGACGCCCAUCACCAAGUACACGUCCGACCCGGGGCUGGUGCUGGGCCGGCAGAUCGCGGUCAACCGGAACUACAUCGUGUACGGCCUCAAGAUGGGGAACGUACGCGUGCUCAACAUCAACACCGCGCUCCGCUCGCUCCUCCGUGGGCACACACAGAGGGUGACAGACAUGGCUUUCUUUGCAGAAGAUGUCCAUCGUUUAGCAAGUGCAAGUGUCGAUGGGCGUAUAUAUGUCUGGAAGAUCGACGAGGGACCAGGUGAUGAAAAUAAACCACAAAUCACAGGAAAGAUUGAAAUUGCCAUCCAGAUAGGAGAUGCUGAAAUUUACCAUCCAAGAAUAUGCUGGCACUCCCAUAAGCAAGAAAUUCUGUUUAUUGGAAUUGGGAACUGCGUCUUAAGAAUAGAUACAACUAAAGUGGGAAGAGGAAGAGACUUCAAUGUAGAAGAGCCUCUUAAAUGCACACUUGACAAGCUGAUUGAUGGUGUGUACUUGGUUGGUAAACAUGACGGGGAUGUCACUGAUCUGUCUUUAUCUCAAUGGAUGACUACCCGUCUGGCUUCAGCAUCAACAGAUGGCACGGUAAAAAUCUGGGAUGAUCGCAGAGCAUCGCCUCUAUCUGUGAUUAAACCACAUGAUGGUAAAGCUGUUUACUCAGUUUCUUUCCUUACGGCACCUGAGCAACCAAAUCAUAUAAAUCUUGUUACAGCGGGCCCUCUCAAUCGAGAAGUAAAAAUCUGGGCUUCCUCUGAUAAGGAAGGUUGGUUGUUGCCAAGUGAGUCUGAGACUUGGAGAUGCACUCAAGCUCUGGAACUUGUGAGUUCUUUAGAACAUAAGCACGAGGAAGCAUUUUUCAACCAAGUAGCAGUGUUGCCACAAGCUAGCCUUAUUUUGCUUGCGAAUGCCAAAAAGAAUGCUAUAUAUGCUGUCCAUGUUGAAUAUGGCCCAGAUCCUGCUUCUACUCGGUUGGACUAUAUAGCGGAUUUCACAGUUGCAAUGCCUAUUUUAAGUCUGACGGGAACAUACGGAAGCCAACCAGAUGGUGAACAAGUAGUGCAAGUAUAUUGUGUCCAGACAAUGGCUAUUCAGCAGUAUGGUCUGGAGGUAUCACUCUGUUUGCCUCCUACGGCUGAUAAUACUAGUCUUGGUAGGGAUCCGGCUCUUUCACAUGUAUAUGACAGACCUCUAGAAGUGGCAUCGGUGGAGUCAUCCUCAGGAACCAAACCAUUGAGUGAUCAUCAGGGCACAGAUGCCGAUACUACUGCUCAUGUUCCAUCCUUGACUCCUACAUCAAACAUGAAUAAUGCCGGAUCUAGUGCAGAUCCUUCAAAAGGUCCAUCUCUUGGUGAUCAUGACGGGGAUCAGUCAUCUUUUGAUUAUUCGAGUAAGAAAGUGAUCAAUGGUGACGGUACAAGUGGGCAAGGAGCAUUUGGCAGAGAGGAUAGCGUCAGGAAGGAAGACCCAACAGGCCAAGGUGAUGCUACAGUUUCGGAUGCUCACUCCACGUUUAACGGCAGAGAGAACGCCACACACUUGAUAACCCCAUCUGAAAUUAUUUCAGGUGUGAUCCCAUCUGCUGAAACAACUGCGAAAGGCAGCCCACAGAAUGUAGAAGUGGAGUCAAAACAUGUGGUUGAGAAAAAACCAGAUCAAAAUGUUAAAUUUGAGGCUGCUAAGGAGACCCAAAUUGUUCAUGAGAAAAUGGAGAGACUGAACAUGUCUUCGGAGCAAUCUGUAGAGUCAAUCAGUGAACGCUCAGUAACAACUGACAAGUACAACGUGGAAGACUCCCGAAGAUCAGAUCCCAUGCUUUUGAAACAACAUUCCGGUGCCGGGGAUGGAAAUGUUCGAAGUAGAACAACUGAAGUUCCUGAGAAAACUGAUGUCUCUGUUGCUUCAAGGAACUUGCAGUUACCUGCAGCUACCAUACAGAAAGUUCUGCAUCCUCAGGUCUCUGGGCAGUUGUCUCCUCUUACAAGCAGUUUCAACUCUAAUGAUUCCUCUCCAAGCAAUGCAAACCCUGCAAUUGAUUCCGCCUCGCAAGUAGCUGCUAUUCAAGGAACAUUGCACCAGCUUAUGGCCAUGCAAACUGACAUGCAAAAGCAGCUGAACACAAUUGUGUCUGCUCCUAUUGCAAAGGAGGGCAAAAGGAUCGAGACAUCAUUAGGGCGUAACUUAGAGAAGUCCGUAAAGGCCAACGUUGAUGCCAUGUGGGCCCGUUUCCAGGAGGAAAAUGCAAGGCAUGAAAAGGCUGAGAAAGAGAGAACACAGCAGUUUGCUACUCUAAUCACAACCUCUAUAAACAAGGAUAUUCCUGCUAUGCUGGAGAAGUCAUUGAAGAAAGAAAUAUCUUCACUGGGAACCAAUGUUGCACGGACAACAGUACCUAUCAUUGAGAAGUCAUUGUCUUCUGCUGUUUCUGAUUCACUUCAGAAAGUUCUCGGUGAAAAGGUGGUGAAUCAGCUGGAUAAGUCUAUAAGUACGAAACUUGAAGCUACAGUGACCAAGCAGAUCCAAACACAGUUCCAUACAUCAGUCAGGCAGGCUCUUCAGGAUUCUUUACGGUCAAGCUUUGAGUCAUCGGUUAUCCCAGCAUUUGAACAAUCUUGUAAAACAAUGUUCGAGCAAGUGGACGGUGCAUUCCAGAAGGGUAUGUCCGAGCAUGGUGCUGCUAUCCAGCAGCGGGUCGCAGCAGGACAUACUCCACUGGCACAAACACUAAGGGAAACAAUCAAUUCAGCAUCAUCAAUUACACAGGGUCUUACAUCAGAGCUACUUGAUGGCCAGCGCAAGCUUUUGGCACUUGUUGCAUCGGGGAACCCAAUAUCACAUAAUAGUGUUUUGCAGCCUACUAAUGGUCCAGCGCCUAAGCUCCCUGAGGCUGAUGUUCCACUUGACCCGCUGAAGGAGCUUAGCAGAUUAAUAUCUGAGUGUAAAUUUGACGAAGCGUUUACAAUGGCUCUUCAAAGAAGUGAUCUCUUCAUGGUGUCUUGGUUAUGCUCUCAGGUUGAUUUGCAAGGGUUGUGUAGGCUGAACCCGGUGCCUCUAAACCAAUGGGUGCUUCUAGCCCUUCUCCAGCAGCUAGCAUGCGACAUAGGCAACGACACCCCUGUGAAGCUUCAGUGGAUGAAGGCCGUCGGCAUGGCGAUCCAACCAACAGAUCAGACGAUUGCCGUGCAUGUGAGGCCGAUAUUCGAGCAGGUCUAUGGCGUGUUGGCCCACCAGCAGUCGUUGCCGGGAAUCAGUCCGCUGGAAGCAAACGACAUCCGCCUGAUGAUGCAUGUGAUCAACUCGGUGCUGCUAAGCUACAAGUAAAUGUAUGGCAGGUUAUGAGCCAUGUAUGGGCUGUACCUGCGUCCUUGUACAGAAAAGAUUUUGGAAAGCGUAAGGCUAGUAUGCUUUUGCCAGGGAGGCCUGAGCACUGUACCUAGUAAGGCUAGUAGGUUGUGAGGUGAUGUAAAUUGGUUCUGUUCUAGGUCUAUAUCGAGCUUUGCUUUCCAUGCAGGAUUUGGUGCAGUGUUUGCCAUGGUUAUAUUCAUAUACUCCAACCGACUGAAAUUCGUUUUU